AUGUAUAAUUUCUACACGAUUGAUGAAGAUUUUAGAAUUACGUUUAUUCCUUUUACACAAGAGGAUACGUUCUCCAAAAAUUAUGAAUAUUGGAAAACAAUAUUAACGAAUGAAUUGGAACAACUUGUUGUUUCAAUCAAAGGAAAAAAUUUCUCAAUUUCGAUUGAGACAAAAGAGGAACCAAUGUAUGUGGCUUCAUUAAGAGUUCCUUGGGGCCAUGUCAAACAAUGUGAAUACAUUUUUAAAUCUGAAUUCCUUCAAGAGAAGGAUGUUAUACUUGCAACCCAACUUCCGAAAAAAGCCACCUUACAAACAUUCACCACUCCAAUGGUGAAUGCGUAUUUCGGUGGUAAAAUUGAAAGGGGA